AUGUCAGGCCAGAAUGAGGGUAAUGGGGGGCCAACGCCGGGGCCGUCAGGCGCAGCUGGGUCCAAUGAUAGCCCACUUAUAUCGGAAUCUGUUUCGAAAAUCCAGGGACUCAAUCUGCUAGAGGAUACCAAGGGUCUAGCGUCUGAAAUGGCUUGGAUUAUAGAGCUUCAGGAAGAUAAUGAGCGACUCUAUGGUGAAAACUACGACUUGGAGAAGAGACUACACGAUGUGACGAAGGAACUCAAUUCCGAUACUACCAAAGUUACAACUGAAAACAUGGCAAAACUUUACGUUGAUUUGGAACAGGCCCAUAUAAUCAUCAAGGGAAUGAGAACUAAAUAUACCGCAUUGAAGACCACAUCUACGGGCAAGAGCGAUAAGUGGAAAGAUGCUAUUGCUAACCUUAAAAAGGCCUAUGCGGAGGGGAACCCCGCUCCAGAGCUACCACCUGAACUCUCCCGAGCGGGGAAACAAUCCCCAACAGAGCAACCACCUCCGACGGCGUAA